GUCUGAAUGGAAAUUUCGCCGCUGGUCCCUAUGCCAAUUGAUGCGGACUUUGAAGCGCGAAAGUAGCCGAUAAGACCGCGUCGCCCUGAAGUUUGACUUCAGAAACACAUACCAAAUUUUUGUACAUUGGGAGUGGAGCUAACGCUCUGAAUCUGAAGAUGGCUGCCUCAAACAAGCAAGGCAAGAUGCUAACGUACGGUCAGAUCAACUACCGGAUGCGGGUCACUCUCAAUGAUGGCCGGCAAAUGGUGGGACAGAUGAUGGCGUUUGACAAGCACAUGAACCUCGUCCUGGCCGAUACCGAAGAGUUCCGCAAAAUCAAGAGGAAGCAGGCCAAGCCCGCCGCCCCUGGCGCAUCCGGCGCAUCCUCGUCAACUGUCGAAUCGGAGGAGAAGCGAACCCUCGGCCUUACGAUCGUACGCGGAGCCCAAAUUGUGUCGCUUUCUGUGGAGUCGCCGCCUCCAGCAGACCCUAGUGCGCGCCUCGGAAAGGCAACAACAGGUGGAAUUGCCUCAACCCUUACCGCUGGUCCUGGUGCAGCACGACCAGCUGCUAGGGGAGCCGCCGCUCCUAUCUCUCUUGCUGGCCCUGCUGCUGGUGUUGGAGGCGCUCCUCCCCCGGGCUUUCCUGGUUUCCCAGGCGCCGGUGCUCCUGGUUUCCCUGCCCCUGGCGCACCCGGAUUUCCCCCUCCAGGAGCUUUCCCGCCCGGAUUUCAGCCUCCUCCGGGCUUUGGUGGCCGCGGCCAAGGACCGCCAGGCUUCAAUCCGCCUCCGCGACGAUAAGGUGCUUGGAUGCGUUCUAGUUUGUUAAGUAGCAUGGUUUGAGCAUUAAAAAUCACGGCGUUUCGGUGGAAAUUUACGAAAACCUACGAUACAGCACUCCAACUUUUGACGGAGUAUGACAGUUUGGUGUGUGGACUGAAUCAUACUAGACCGGGUGACCCACAAAUGGUCAGGCCCCUGAAAUAAUCACCUCACGUUUAGGGCCACGUUAAAGAUCACCCACGAUUCCUUAGCCAGCACCCUUUUUUAAAUCCACACAGCGUGAACAUUGGUAGAUACGGUUUCGAGACUUUUACCCACCAAAACCCCACCCAACCCCGUCCGACCCCAUGUUGCACCUGUGGAUCAAAUUCUGCCAUUAGGCGGUAAACCCGUUUUUUCGGCCAACAAUUACAUGAAGCUAUUCCCAACUCCCAAACCACACCAUUUAUUACACCCACCUACUGUAAUAUUUACCACCUACCACCUCCCACUUACCGCAAUAUCUACCACCUACCACCUACCACCU